AUGUUGCGGUCGGAUUCUCAAAGAGCAAAAUUUAAUCCAGAUACUGUAAUUAGUAACAAUGAUGAUUUAAACACUGAUAUGAUAUCAGAAAUAGAAAAGGAAUUGCACGACAAUCCAUAUGAUGUGAUAUCCCUGGUGUUUUUGCUGUAUGAUGUCCCCAUCACUGCUCUGCAACGUUUGAUUGUCUUCGAACGAGUAUCGAAAGACAGUGGCUCGUCUACGAAUCUUAACAUGCUACAUGAAUGGUUUCGACAUGCUAAACACACCACGACUUGGAAACAUGAAUUUAUAGAGGCACUAUUAAUUUGUCAACUAAACAGUGUUGUUAGAAAGCUUGGAUUCCAUGUACCAACUGCCCGAAAUUAUUACCAAAUAGACAACAUGCAAACCAAAAUGUUUAUUAAUCCUGUAAAGAAGGCAUUGUAUAAGUUGUGUGAAAAUAUGAAUGCUGAUAACUUUUUAAAUCUUAAAAAGGCUCUUUUCACCUAUAAUAUUGAUGCUUCAGAAUAUGAGUCUUGUGAGCUAGUUUUGUUGAAACUCAUGUGUGAUAAAUUUAUAAUUGUUAAUGAGUUUAAAUACAAUACAAAAACAUUUGGUUUUCAAGUUCAAUUAGACAAACUUCUUAGAAUUAUUGAAACUUUGCCAGGAUUGCGAACAUGUGCACAAGAAAUUAGGCUUAUGCAGCAGUCAUUUAACGGAGACUCCAAACCUAGUGCUCCUAGUACACCCUCUGUGAACAUGAAAGUAGAUGAAUCUAAUCAGAGUUCCAGUACCAAUAAUUCACAUUUAUACUGCAACGAUUUUAAAGAGGUUUUUGGAAUGAUUGGUGAACUAUCCUUAGAAGAUAAUAGUAAUAUUAAAAGCCUAAAAUCUGAUACAACAAAGUUGGAAAAAGAUAGUUUUGAAAUAAAAAAUCCUAAAAGAGUUGGGGUCUGUGUUAUACUUAAUCAAAUGAACUUUUAUCCAUCAAAAAAUAGUAUAGAGAACAAUCAAAGUAAUACACUUGCCAAGAGAAACGGCUCAGACAAAGACCAAGCAGUGAUUGAAAGCACAAUGAAAGCACUUAAUUUUGUAGUAUAUAGUGCAAAAGACUUGAACCACAGACAAAUGUUUUAUUAUCUCAAAGAGAUAUUAAAAACUAAAGUUUUUGAAGAUGACACUGUUUUUAUGCUGUGCAUUCUAUCACAUGGAGUGAAAGGACAUGUGUAUGCAUCAGAUUCGGUUCAAGUUAACAUGGAUGAUAUACAAAAACUGUUAGAGUCGGAUGUAGCUGUACAUCUUCAUGGUAAACCUAAGCUGCUAAUUAUUCAAGCAUGCCAAGUUGAUGAAACUCCAAAGACAAGACUGGUAGCAGAUAAUCUGGGACUAAGUUAUGCUUUCAAAAAAACAAAUUUUCUUAUUUUCUGGGCUACAGCACCUGAACUUGAAGCAUUUAGAGAUGAAAGUCAAGGCUCUAUAUUUAUACAGAGGCUAUGCCACAUUAUUCUUGAAUAUGCCAAUAAAGAACACAUUUCUGAUAUAUUUAUUAAAGUAACUGAUGAUGUUUCAGUAAUUUGUGAAAACUUAAAUUGUAAACAAGUGCCAAUAUAUCAUUCUACACUGAGAAAAAAGCUUUAUCUUAGGAUGGCAGAGUAA